UUAAAUAACUUUGAACUAAAUAAUUAAAAAUAAACUCAUUUGCAGCCAAUUUUCAGUAAUCCUUCCCGCCAUUUAAUAUAUGACCGUUUCGGUGAAAAGAUUUGCCCCCAAUUUUCAAAAUCCCUACUUUCUCUGUAACGCAAAACCCUCCGAUUCUGUAAUUUUGUAGAUUCCCGCCGUCCACGGCGACCCUUCUCUCACCGGCGGUGAAAUUAAAUCGGACGAUUGCCAUUCUCUCACCGGCGGUGAAAUUAAAUCGGACGAUUGCCAGAAUUAACCAUGGUUUCCAUCAGGCUAAACUCAAAAAGGCGCAGACUUGAAGAUCCAGCUGAACUUGCGAGCUCAAGCACGAACCCUUGUAACAAAAAGGAGGUACAAAGUCCAACAACUCCAGAUCCAAUGGUUGGGGUUUCUGGCAGUAAAAGUCAAGGAGAUCAGUUAUUUGGUAAUGUCUUGAAACAAGUUCAUCUAGAUAAUGUGAAACUUAAACCUACCAUAGCCAAGUUUAUAUCUGGUUUGGGUGCACUAGCAUCAUCAAUCCAAGUUGAGGCUAUUCAUGUGAAACGUUCCAGUUUUGUUUACGAAACAAAGUUGCAAUCUUUCAAUCUACUUUCAGAGGCCAUGGCGAAAAAAUGCAAUGAUAAUCCUAUUCUGAAGAUUGGUUGGUAUGGAGCUUCCAAGGAAGAAAUUGUUGACAUAAUUACGAAUGGCUUUAUUCGAUCAAGUUACCGUCAUGGAGUUCAGUUUUCUGCUUACGAUUACCCUCUUGAUUGUCUCCAAACUGCUAUUCAAGACAAAGAUGGACUAAGACAUAUAUUGAUUUGCCAAGUGAUAGUAGGAAAAAUUGAAGUUGUCACUCCUGGUUCAGGACAGUUUCAACCUAGUUCUGAGGAUCUUGAUUCUGGAGUUGACAAUUUAUUUUCUCCAAGAAAGUAUACUGUUUGGAGUUGUCACUUGAAUACUCAUAUCCUCCCUUUAGGCAUAAUCAGUUUCAGAGUUUCUCCUCAUUCAAGUUAGUGAAGCAGCAGGAAACAAUAUGUUGAUUGAACUCAUGAAGUCCCUAUGUUCUGCUCAGCGUAUUUAGCUCAGCGAAGACUGCCAGAGCAAUGACGACAUAAGGAUUCUGUGUUACCGUGGAUUGCUGACUUUACAUAUAUCUUUGUAGCAAAUACUUCUUUUACC